AUGGCUUCUUUUUCUUCUUCUUCUUCUCUUCGGGUAAUCAUCUUCCUCUGCAUCUCAUUCUUCUUCUUAUCAUCAGUAAAUGCAAACGAGGUUACAGUCGGUGGCAAAUCCGGUGACUGGAAAAUCCCACCUUCCUCUUCUUACUCAUUCAACGAAUGGGCUCAAAAGGCUCGUUUCAAAGUCGGCGACAUUCUCGUUUUCAGCUACGAAGCAGGUAAAGACUCGGUGCUGCAAGUGACAAGAGAGGCAUACGAGAAAUGCAACACCACGAGCCCUAAAGCCAGCUACACUGAUGGCAACACCAAGGUGAAGCUAGAACAACCAGGUCCUGUCUACUUCAUCAGUGGUAAAGAGGGUCAUUGUCAAAAGGGUCAGAAGCUACGCCUUGUUGUAGUCACUCCUCGUAACUCUGCUUUCUCUCCUGCUCCUUCACCAUCUGACGGUCCUGCUGUUGCUCCUACUAGUGGUGCUGCUAAGCUCACCGGUGUCGCUAGCCUUGUUCUUGGAUUCUGGAUGCUAAUCUAUUUUUUAUUUUUGUAA